AUGAGCACCUCUUCGGUAGCCUAUUUGCGCACCCCCGUCGUCCAGGCACUUGACUGGGUCGGCUUCAUCUCGCUGGGAGGGACUGCGGCCGUGCUGGCGUACAGGCUGAUGAACUUCAAGCCGCCCAACAAAGACAUCCUCUACUUCUUCGGGUACCGUGAGAAGGGGAUGAUCUCGCUGUACGUGAAUCUGUUUGCGGCAGUGGCAUAUUACGCAAGAAUCACGUCGCACUUGUCCGGAGACGUCGGGGCCGCGACCAACAUCAUCCUGUACAAGUACUUUGACUACCUCAUCACCUGCCCUCUUCUGGUAGGGACGAAGAGUAAGAGAGGGGAGACCUUCGAUUUGCUGACUACGCUCAACCUGCCGUACAAGAUCACCUACGCGGUGUACGUGCAGAUCACGAUCUUUACCGGCUUCAUGUCUGCGAACACACCACCACCAGCCACGUUUCUGUGGUUUGCGUUUGGGAUGCUGCUGUUCAGCUACACGUGGUUCAACAUCAUUAGCCUCGUGCAGGUACGCUUCAUCCAGUACUUCGCCAAGAAGGGCAACACGACCCAGUCCCGGCGAGUGUCGGUGGCCUCGAAAGCAGGUUUCCGCAACAAGAACGUGAGGAACCCACUGCAGACGGCCUUGAGCACCUACUUCUGCAUCUGGAUGGUGUACCCGGUGUUGUGGCUGCUGCUCAAGACCAAGGUGAUCGACCAAGUGACGGAGCAUUGCAUCAACGUUGUGAUGGACGUGCUGGCGAAGUCUAUGUACGGGUUUGCGCUACUUCGGUUCCAGCUGCUCAUGGACAAGGCAAAUCUUGAGCUGUCAGAGCUGAAGGUGACGAAGUCGGACUUGAUGGAAGACUUCAACGCGGAGAAGAAGAAGAUGCGGGAGCUCCGCCGCCGACAGCAGGCUGAAAUGGAAGCGCAAGAGAUGUCGGACGACGACGAAGACGUCGAUGACCAAGCUGGCGAGAGCAACCAGAGUCAGAAAUCUAAGGCUGGCAAACAAUCCUCUGGAAAGAACUCGCCUAUCUCGCAGGAGCAGCUCGGCAUGCUUUUGUCACAGAUGGCGACGAUGCAGCAGAUGAGCUCGCCGCGUCAGAUGUCUCAGCCCAGCCAGAUGAUGAUGUCUCCUAUGCAAACGUCGAUGAUGCCCGGUGGCAUGCCAAACUCCUUCAUGUCGGCUCCUCCUCCCCGCAUGAUCGAUGAGAACGCCGGCAACGCGCCAGCGAACUGGAUGUCAGCUCAGCCGGUGCAGCAGAGCGCUGCAGGAGGUGUAGGGGGAGCCCAGCCAAACAACUGGCGCCAGGCAUUCGAUGAUCUCGACCAGGGUCGCGGGAUGUCACGUGACGUCUGA